UAAUAGUUUCAUUUUAGAUAUUCCAUAGACUAUUGAAACGUAGAUCGUAUUGUUUUAUUAAAUUAAAUGACAUCACAGACAUGGAACAGUGUACUGUGCCAUAUCGGUUUGUUUUUAAGGCUGUACCAACUUCCGGUUAACAAACGUUAGCCUGAUAGCUGUAGAAACCAUCCAUACUCAUUGAAUGGAGCAAAGUGCAUAUGCGAUUUCUGACAUGAAUUGGUAAAUUGUAGUGUUCAUCGUUGAAGCAUGGCGAUUUCAAUGGAAACCCAGCUCCAGAGUAUAUUCGAGGAUGUAGUGAAAACAGAAGUUAUUGAGGAAGCCUUUGCAGGCAUGUUUAUGGACACACCUGAGGAUGAGAGAACAAAACUUAUCAGUUGUCUAGGUGCCUUUCGUCAGUAUUGGAGCACUCUUCCUCCGGAUUCCCAUGACCAGUGUGUGCAGUGGAUUGUCCGAUUCAUUCAUGGCCAGCACAGCCCCAAACGGAUCUCUUUUCUCUACGACUGCCUCGCCAUGGCAGUGGAAACCAGUCUGUUACCUCCCAGGAUGGUGUGUCAGGCUCUCAUAAGCUCAGAUAACCUGGAGUGGGAGCGGACACAGUUAUGGGCCUUGACUUUUCGACUCAUACGAAAAAUCAUCGGUGGUGUCGAUUACAAGGGAGUUAGAGAUCUACUGAAGGCUCUGCUGGAUAAGAUUCAGACCAUCCCCAACACCGUUAGCUCAGCUGUGGUCCAGCAGCUGCUAGCUGCACGAGAGGUGGUGGAGUACAUCCUCGACAGGAACGCGUGCCUCCUGCCUGCCUACUUUGCCAUUACAGAGAUCAGAAAACUCUAUCCCGAGGGGAUGUUGUCACACUGGCUUCUGGGCAGUCUCAUGUCAGAUUUUGUAGACAGUUUUCGGCCCACUGCAAGAAUUAACUCCAUCUGUGGGAGAUGCAGCCUCCUUCCAGUGGUCAACAACUCUGGCGCUAUCUGCAACUCCUGGAAGCUGGACCCCACCACAUUACGCUUCCCUCUCAGGGGCAUGCUGCCCUUCGACAAGGACCUGUUUGAACCACAGACAGGGCUGCUGCGAUAUGUGCUGGAGCAGCCCUACUCUCGAGACAUGGUCUGCAACAUGUUAGGGCUCAACAAGCAGACCUUGAACAUUGCUCAGCACAAGCAGCGCUGCCCGGUGCUCGAGGACCAGCUGGUGGACCUGGUGGUGUACGCCAUGGAGCGCUCGGAGACCGAGGAGCAGUUUGACGACGGCGGCACCAGCCAGCUCCUGUGGCAGCACCUCUCCAGCCAGCUCAUUUUCUUUGUGCUCUUCCAGUUCGCCAGCUUCCCGCACAUGGUGCUCUCGCUUCACCAGAAGCUGGCCGGUCGAGGUCUGAUCAAAGGCAGAGACCACCUCAUGUGGGUCCUCCUCCAGUUCAUAUCUGGCAGCAUUCAGAAGAACGCCCUGGCUGACUUUCUCCCUGUCAUGAAGCUGUUCGAUCUUCUCUACCCAGAGAAAGAGUGCAUCCCGGUGCCGGACAUCAGCAAGCCCCAGUCGACCCACGCCUUCGCCAUGACUUGCAUCUGGAUCCACUUGAACCGCAAGGCUCAGAACGACAACUCCAAGCUGCAGAUUCCCAUCCCCCACUCCCUCAAGCUGCACCAUGAGUUUCUCCAGCAGAGCCUGAGGAACAAGUCCCUGGGGAUGACAGACUAUAAGAUCGCCCUGCUGUGUAAUGCCUACUCCACUAACUCGGAGUGCUUCACUCUGCCCAUGGGCGUGCUUGUGGAGACUAUCUAUGGCAACGGCAGUAUGCGCAUCACCCUGCCUGGCACCAACUGUACCGCAUCAGGCUCCGUCACACCACUACCCAUGAACCUCCUAGACUCCCUCACCGUCCACGCCAAGAUGAGCCUGAUCCAUAGCAUCGCCACUCGGGUGAUCAAGUUGGCCCACGCCAAGUCCAGCAUCGCCCUGGCCCCAGCGCUGGUGGAGACCUACAGCAGACUGCUGGUCUACAUGGAGAUAGAAUCUCUGGGCAUCAAAGGAUUCAUCAGCCAGCUCCUGCCCAACGUGUUCAAGUCCCACGCCUGGGGCAUCCUUCACACUCUGCUGGAGAUGUUCAGCUACCGUAUGCACCACAUCCAGCCCCACUACCGCGUCCAGCUGCUCAGCCACCUGCACUCGCUAGCCGCCGUGCCCCAGACCAACCAGAACCAGCUGCACCUCUGUGUUGAGAGCACAGCGUUAAGGUUGAUCACAGCGUUGGGGAGUUCCGAGGUUCAGCCUCAGUUCACCCGCUUCCUCAGUGACCCCAAAACGGUGCUGUCAGCUGAAUCUGAGGAGCUCAACCGUGCCCUCAUCCUGACUCUGGCCAGAGCCACCCAUGUCACAGAUUUCUUCACGGGCUCCGACUCCAUCCAGGGUACGUGGUGUAAGGACAUCCUGCAGACCAUCAUGAACUUUACCCCUCACAACUGGGCUUCUCAUACCCUGAGCUGCUUCCCUGCUCCUCUUCAGGCGUUCUUCAAGCAGAACAACGUUCCCCAGGAGAGCCGCUUCAACCUGAAGAAGAACGUGGAGGAGGAAUACAGGAAGUGGAAGAGCAUGACCAACGAGAACGACAUCAUCACCCACUUCUCCAUGCAGGGAUCGCCGCCCCUCUUCCUGUGUCUGCUGUGGAAGAUGCUCCUGGAGACUGACCACAUCAACCAGAUCGGCUUCAGGUACACCACAAAAGUUCUGGAGAGGAUCGGGGCACGGGCGCUGGUGGCCCAUGUCAGGACGUUUGCAGACUUCCUGGUCUAUGAGUUCUCCACGUCGGCCGGUGGCCAGCAGCUCAACAAGUGUAUCGAGAUCCUCAACGACAUGGUGUGGAAGUACAACAUUGUCACGCUGGACAGACUCAUCCUGUGUCUGGCCAUGAGGAGUCACGAGGGUAACGAGGCCCAGGUGUGCUACUUCAUCAUUCAGCUCCUCCUCCUCAAGCCCAACGACUUCCGCAACCGUGUCUCUGACUUCGUGAAGGAGAACGCCCCCGAGCACUGGCUGCAGAGCGACUGGCACACCAAGCACAUGACCUACCACAAGAAAUACCCGGAGAAGCUGUACUUUGAGGGCUUGGCCGAGCAGGUGAACCCGCCCAUGCAGCAGCAGUCCCACUACCUGCCCAUCUACUUUGGUAACGUCUGCCUGCGCUUCCUGCCCGUCUUUGACAUCGUCAUCCACCGCUUCCUGGAGCUGCUGCCCGUCUCCAAGUCCCUGGAGACCUUACUGGACCACCUGGGAGGACUCUACAAGUUCCACGACCGUCCGGUGACCUACCUGUACAACACGCUCCACUACUACGAGCGUCACCUGCGCGACCGCACCAACCUGAAGAGGAAGCUGGUGCACGCCAUCAUGAGCUCUCUGAAGGACAACCGGGCGCCAGGCUGGUGCCUGAGUGAGACCUACAUCAAGUGUGGCAUGAACCCCCGUGAAGACAACGUCUGGAUCCCCGAUGACACCUACUACUGCAAGCUCAUCGGACGCCUCGUCGACACGAUGGCUGGCAAGUCCCCCGGGCCGUUCCCUAACUGUGACUGGAGGUUCAACGAGUUCCCCAACCCGGCCGCCCACGCUCUCCACGUCACCUGCGUGGAGCUGAUGGCCCUGGCAGUGCCCGGCAAGGACGUGGGCAACGCCCUGCUCAGCGUCGUCCUCAAGAGCCAACCGCUGGUGCCUCGGGAGAACAUCACCGCCUGGAUGAACGCGAUCGGCCUGGUGAUCACCGCCUUGCCUGAGCCUUACUGGGUGGUCCUGCAGGACCGUAUCGUGAGUGUGCUGGGCAGUCCGUGCUUCACCACAGAGACUGAGUGGGUGGGGUACCCCUUCGCGCUGCUGGACUUCACCGCCUGCCACCAGUCCUACUCUGAGAUGUACUGCAGCUACGUGCUGGCUCUGGCCCACGCCGUGUGGCACCACUCCAGCAUCGGACAGCUCUCCCUCAUCCCCAAGUUCCUGUCUGAGGUGCUGAAGCCCAUAGUAAAGACAGAGUUCCAGCUCCUCUAUGUGUACCACCUAGUGGGGCCCUUCCUCCAGCGCUUCCAACAGGAGAGGACCCGCUGCAUGCUGGAGAUUGGAGUGGCGUUCUAUGAGAUGCUACAGGCUGUGGACCAGCACAGUCAACACCUGUCCUACAUGGACCCCAUCUGUGACUUCCUCUACCACAUCAAAUACAUGUUCACCGGGGACAGCGUCAAAGACCAGGUGGAGAAAAUCAUCCUGACCCUACGUCCGGCCAUGAAGCUCCGUCUGCGUUUCAUCACCCACACUAGCAAGAUGGAGCCUGCAGCCGCCAGUGUUCCCCAGCCCUCCUCCUCUGUGUCCUCACCCGCCCCACAGAGCAACCCCGGGCCCUCCAACCUCCCCUGUCUGUGGCCCAGUAAAACACACACACCAAGGAAGGAGUCUGUCUGCCCCAUGGCUGUGGUCCCACUGUCAACAGCUGGAGUAUUGCUAUGGACACACUCCACGAAUGUUUAGGUCAGGGUUGAGACGGACAAGAUGACCCUGAGAGUCUGGUCUCUUGAGGCCGACCAUGCAGCGCCCCAGUGCUGUGGUCUGUUCCAAAGCUUUAAACAACCUUUCAGUCCGAAAAGCAGCAUAGAAGAAAACAGACAUGAACUGUUACACAACAGAAUUACCUUUUUAUAACCUUUAGCUUUAUAGUGCUUUUUAUUGUUGAGUGUAUUGGAAAAAGACAAGUGUUUCUGCAAUCAUUGGUCUGCUAGAGUAUGUAUAUAAAAGACGAGUUGGUGGCGGCUCAUUCUGUUGUUGCUCUCCCUUUUUGUAAUAACAUGAGAUGGUCCAGUGCCUUGUGACUCCCCACUUAAUCAUGAGAGGCGAUUUAUGUUGUGUUUUUCACACAAAGUAAAGAAACAAUAAACGUCUUUAGUAUUCUGUG